CAAAUAAAAGCGAGGGACCCGUGGAACCGCAACUCCCCCUCCCUCUGUGGCGGCCGCCGCCUUUCCUUUCGGAUGGCCCCGCCCAGCAGGGCCCCGCCCUUUGCUCGCGCCGCCGUAGUGGCUCCUCUGACUAUUAGUCGUUCCGCUAUCCGGCCAGCUCCUCCCUCGAGGCUUCCAGAGGGUGUGUUAUUGUCGCCGAACGGGCGUGAUCUUCGUUACUGCUGGGGGGCACGAAAUCUUCAGAAUGGAUUAAUCUGGUAGUAAUGUUGAAGCUGAAACAAAGCUGCUGUAACCAAAGACAGGAUGAGUUGGAUAUCAGGCGAUCAAGGCAGCAGUCUGGGUUCUCAUCCUUCUUUAAGGGAUGUUCAUUCCAUCAACCCAACACAGCUAAUGCCAAGAAUUGAGUCCUAUGAAACCAGGGGGAAAAAAGGCAUUUCUGAUGUUCGAAGGACUUUCUGUUUAUUUGUCACAUUUGACUUAUUGUUUAUAACCUUGCUGUGGAUAAUAGAAUUAAACGUAAAUGGUGGCAUUGAAAAAACACUAGAAAAAGAAGUUCUGCAUUACGACUACCGUUUUUCAUAUUUUGAUAUCUUUCUCCUGGCAGUUUUUCGAUUCAAGAUUUUGAUACUUGCAUAUGCGCUGUGCAGACUACGGCACUGGUGGGCAAUAGCAUUUACAACUGCUGUAACCAGUGCCUUGUUAUUAAUAAAAGUAAUUAUUUCAAAGCUGUUAUUUCAGGGUGCUUUUGGCUAUGUGUUGCCUAUCAUCUCUUUCCUUCUUGCCUGGAUAGAAACAUGGUUCUUGGAUUUCAAAGUUUUACCACAAGAAGCAGAAGAAGAAACCAGACUAUUGCUAGUACAGGAUGCCUCUGAACGAGCUGCCCUUAUUCAUCCUGGGCUCCUUUCCGAUGGGCAAUUUUAUUCUCCUCCUGAAUCUGAAGCAGGAUCCGAUGAAGAAUCUGAAGAAAAGCAAGACAGUGAAAAACCAGUUGUAUAACAAAUAUAGCAAUUGGCGGAGUCUUUGAAAUGCUUCUGGGAAAAGACUGAGAUACUGGUACAGGUAAACAUUUUCACUCCAGCCAUUUGUUUCUCAGUUUUCCUGACAAUCUAGUAAGAAAAUUGUAUUUUGCAAUUAAUUUCUGUAUAUUAAAUCUCCUGACUAUGUAAGUAUUUUUCAAAACAAACAAUGGUAAAUCUAUUAGUUGGCUGUAUUUAUAUUACACCACAGUAUAAUAUUGACUAUAUUUCAACUUUAGCUAAGGUUCACAUGGUUGAUUUCUGUCACAAAGAAACAAUAUUAAGCACAGAGAGAAUUGGGGUGAUUUAAAUUAAAAUCUUUUUCCUUUCAUACUGAAUCCUAUAGGUAAAGAUAGGCUAAUUGUAAUAUUACAUAAAGUAUUUUGUUUUCUUUUUCAGAGUGAAAACUUGACUGUGGAGUAGCUUGAAGAUUCCCACUCAUGGAACUAUUAUGGUGAUGCUUAUUCAACUUAUUGUUGAAACUCCUAAUGGCAUCAUUAAUUUAAUUAUAAUCAAAGGAAUUUAUCUUCCUGCUCUGUAAUACCUCAUCAAAACUGUUUUGCAUCUGCAUAAUCUACAUACAGAUGCAGAGAGAACACACACAGACAUAAUAUUUCUGUGUAUGUGUGUGUUUAUGUGUGUGAUUGAAUCGUAUCUAAUAUGAAGAAAUACUUGUUCAUAAUGUACUAAUUUAUGUUUGAAAUACAUCUGAUCUACUGAGACAUGCUCGGGGUUUAAAUCAGUAUAGUGGUAUAGUGAUCAGCUAAUAAGGAUUUAGAUUUGCUAUAAUUUUAAAUUUUAACAAUUUAUCUUUUUUUUAAAUGAAGUACACAUUUGUAUAUAAAUUAAUAAAAAGUGAUAUAAUGGUU